UUUUCUAACCUGUCCUUUCAGCAUUGCGUCUCAGUUUGAGUGGAUUUUGUGCAUUGUUACUCUGUUUUUCGCGGUGGAUUUAUUAAUUGUUUCUGUUAUUGAAUAAAGAAAUUGUAUAACAAGAUGAAGGUGAAAAAAUCGGAUGUUAAGCAAGAAUCGAGUCUUCGGAAAGCAGUGAAAAAUGUCAAACAAAUAUUGAAGAAAAAAAAAGUAGAACCAAAGGUCGAAGUGAUCAAGAAAGUGAUCAAGCAGGGAAAAGAUCUACGACGGAAAACUAAAAUUCCAGUGGGCAUUGUUUAUAUUGGACACAUACCACAUGGAUUCUACGAGGAACAAAUGAAGGAUUAUUUUAGUCAAUUUGGAAAAGUAACACGUGUCAGAGUGGCUAGAUCAAAGAAGAAUGGACGCAGCAGAGGUUAUGGAUAUGUCGAAUUUGCACAUCCCGAAGUUGCAGAAAUUGCUGCCAAGACUAUGAAUAAUUACUUGAUGUGUGGCAGACUUAUAAAAGCCAAUUACAUUCCACCUGAAAAGCAGCACAAACGUUAUUUCAUGGGUACCAAUUGGUCCGUGAAAAAUUAUGCAAAAUUAACAAGAAGAAGAAAAGAAAUCAGAUCGAAUAGAAACUUAAACUUAAAUAAGAAAAAAGAUAAAAAAUUAGUUGAAAGAUAUCUCACAAAAUUGGCUAGCAUCGAAAGAAAAUUGAAAACUAAAGGAAUCGAAAUGAAAAUAACACCCGUCGAUGUACCCGAAGUAAAAUAAAGAUUGUCUAACAUAUAAGUCUGUAUAAUUCUGAAAAUUAAUAUAAAUUUAUUGAUUUACUUACACGAUA